AUGAGCACCCCAUUACCUACUGGUUAUAACCACGACGAGAAUGCCCUGACAAGGAACCCAAGAAGAAAUCGUCACCGACAGUCCAGGCCACGAAUGACAUUGCCGAGACAUAUCGCUUUCAUUUGCGACAACUACAACCCCGGCGACGAGAUUAUCCUCAUCGGCUUCUCGCGCGGUGCCUUCACCGCGCGCUCCGUGGCAGACAUGAUUUGCAACCUUGGGUUCCUGAACCGUGCCGGCCUCGACCAUCUCGGUGACAUCUUCCACGACUACUCCACGUGGGAGGAGUGGGCGGAUGAGAAGAAGUUUGACCCAUCGAAGCACCUUGUCGGCUUCUGCAUCGAGAACUAUGAUCAAGUGCAGCGGAGGAACAUUGCGUGGAAGAGCCAAAAUGCUGCCAACCUGGCCACGGACACGUCUGUACAAGGGGAGCCGCCCGGCUCCAUGAAGCAACGGCCCAAGGAGGCCAAAUCGUUCCAGGACAGCAUGCUCUCGGGUGGCGGUGCCAAGAGGGCGCCCGAAUACGCCAAAGACCUUGAGGACAAGAUGUACGACGGGCUCCUGAAGCAGAAGCAGAUUUCUUUGGGAGAUAAUCAGAGCAGCUAA